CACUGGUUGUUACAAAGUGUCUUAUUGUUAAUAAAAAAAUGAAAAUUUCAGCGAAAAUUGGAGGCAUAUGGAUACAAAUACCAUGCAAGGAUGGUACAAACACAAUCAAAUGGUUAUCUGAGGAAGCAGUUAAACGACAUAGGCGAAUUAUUAAAAGCCGCAAUUUGCUUGAGGAUGACAAUAAUAAUACUGAAAAACCAAGUUGUGAUAUUCCACACGAUUAUAUUGUAGAAGUUCGACGAUCACGUGGAAGUGUUAUUUUAGAUUUUGAAGAUAACAUACAAGAUGUACUUGACGAUAAUGAUUUUGUUUUAAUUGUACUAAAAACGGAUAGAUACAAGACAUCAAUGAUUCCCGAUGAAUUGAAGCAUAUACUGGAGCCAAUAUCAGAUUAUGUUCAAGCAGUCCAAACUAUGUUUUUGGACGGAUCUAGUUUAUCAACUGAUGACCUUCGUCAACUUGGGCAAGGCAAAUAUAAAAUUAAGCUAACUCAAGAUUCAGAAGAAAAUGUUCUAAAAUCCCGAAAAAUUGUCGAUAAAAUUCUGGAAGAAAAAAGAGUUGUAUAUGGUAUAACUACCGGAUGUGGAAAUUUUUCAAGGAAAGUCAUAGACAUAAUUAAAUUAGAACAAUGGCAGCUAAACUUAAUACGUUCUCAUGCUAUUGGCGUUGGUAAACCAUUGAGUCCAGAAAAAACACGAAUGUUAUUAGGAUUGCGAAUUAAUAUGCUUGCUAAGGGAUAUAGUGGAAUUUCUCUGCCUACUCUACAACAUAUGAUUCAAAUUUUCAAUGCAUCAUGUUUAUCUUGGGUUCCGGAACAAGGAACAGUUGGUGCUAGUGGAGAUUUGGCACCAUUGGCUCAUUUAGCUUUAGGAAUGAUUGGAGAAGGGAAAAUGUGGAGUCCAGAAACCGGAUGGGAUGAUGCAAAAAUUGUUUUGGAAGCACACAAUUUAAAACCUGUAACCUUAGGGCCAAAAGAAGGUAUUGCACUGAUCAAUGGAACUCAAUUAAUAGCCAGUAUUGGAGCUGAGGCGGUUGAAAGAGCUUGUUCUAUUGCAAAACAAGCAGACGUGGUUGCUGCUUUAAGCUUAGAGGUUUUAAAAGGUACAACAAGGGCGUUUGAUUCUGAUGUUCAUAUGGUGCGACCCCAUAAAGGACAAAUAGCUGUAGCUAAACGACUAAGAGCAUUGUUGCAUUCCGAUAUGUACCCGUCACAAAUUGCAGAAAGCCAUCGUUUUUGUAAUCGAGUUCAAGAUGCGUAUACUUUAAGAUGCUGUCCACAAGUACAUGGAAUUGUUCACGAUACCAUUGAUUUUGUACAAGGAGUCAUUUCCAUCGAACUUAAUAGUUGUACUGAUAAUCCAAUAGUCUUUGCUGAACGAGGUGAAAUAAUAUCAGCAGGAAAUUUCCACGGUGAAUACCCUGCGAAAGUUCUUGAUUAUUUAGCAAUCGCAAUUCACGAACUUGCGUCAAUGAGUGAAAGACGAAUAGAGCGAUUGGUAAAUCCAGCUCUCAGUGAAUUACCAGCCUUCUUGGUGAAGGAAGGAGGAAUGAAUUCUGGUUUCAUGCUUGCACAUGUUACUGCAGCAGCUCUAGUGUCGGAAAAUAAGGUCUUAUGUCAUCCAUCCUCAGUAGAUUCAUUGAGUACAAGUGCAGGUACUGAAGAUCAUGUUUCAAUGGGAGGUUUUUCAGCUAGAAAAGUUCUACAGGUUAUUGAAAAUGUUGAAAAUGUUAUAGCCAUAGAGCUAAUCGCUGCGUGUCAAGCCAUUGAAUUCCUGCGACCAUUAAGAACAACUACUCCAUUAGAAGAAGUGUAUAAAACUGUCCGUGAAGUAGUUAGACCAUUAGAUCAGGAUAGAUUUAUGGCUCCAGAUGUAGAAGCAGUUAAGCAGCUUCUUCAAGAGAAUAAAAUUUGGCAAGCUGUGCAGCAUCAUAUUGCUUUCUACCACGCUCCCACCGAAAUGGAAACUCGAGUUUAUAGUCCUACUGCUACAAUGGUUGGAAUGAAGCAAAGAGAUAAACCACGUGCUAAUAAUUCUUCUUCAGCCAAAAGACGGAGACAAAAAUUGGAUGACUAAUUAAUCAAUAAUAUUUUUACAAAUAAAUGUUGCCUUACCAAUAUUGUUUAAUCGAAGUCUAUUGUUUGAUAUUAUUCUCGGUCAAUUAGUACUUCUUCCUGUAACUCCUGUAACCACCUUCUACUAAAUUAUAAAUGGACACCUGGGCCAAGGGUCAUAUUAAAUUAACA